GUCGUCUUCAACUUCCCUCACUGCGGGAGGAAGGCUGGUGUGAAGAAGAACCGCACCCUGCUGGCCAAGUUCUUCCUCAGCUGUGCAGAGGUUCUGAGUGAAGAUGGAGAAGUUCACAUCGCUCUUUGUAACGGACAGGGCGGCACGCCCGCUGACCAGCCAAUGAGAGAGUGGCACAACAGCUGGCAGGUGGUUGCCAUGGCAGCAGAGGCGGGGUUCAUUCUCAGUGAAAUCUGCCCAUUUGACUGUGCUAAAUACUACAGCUACAGAAGCACUGGUUAUAGGAGUCAAGACAAGUCGUUCCACGUGGAAGGAGCUUUGAAUCACAUCUUUACCCGGAGUCUGCCUUUCACUUCAGUGCCGGCUGUUGCUGUGGAGGAAACACUGGGCAAGCAUAGAGUCUGUUUCCAGAUCCCUGAAGAACUCAGUGAAUACAUCAACAGGGGUUUUCUUGGCAGACAUUCCCACCACCCUGUGAAUCUAAUAAAAGAGCAGCUUCUGAAAGAGUUGAGCUCCCUGGUGCCUGUCCAACGAAUAGAGAGAGAGUUCCCUCUAUUGUUUCACAGCAGCAAGGGGCUCCCUGAUUGGCUGUGCGACCUGUCUAACAUCUACUGGAUCAGACCUUCAGAGGUGGGGCUAACAAGGAGUGAAGAGGCCGGUCCUCCGGGGUUAAACCCCAGCGUGCAGCCAGAGACCGAGCCUGUGACUUCAGGAGAGGCUGCGUCCAACAGCACAGGCACAGAGGAGGGAGGUAAGAAGGGCUACGGUCUCCGCUCCUCCCUCAUGGUACACGCCUGGGAUGUUUUACAACAGAAGGGAUUCAGAGAGGAAACGUUUUACACAAUAAGCGGCCCCGUCUUCAAAAAGUCCCCUGUUUCCAGAGACAACCUCCCCGCUUUCCACGAGACUCUCCUGAUUUGCGGAUUCAAUCCCGAACAGAGGCCGGAUUACAUCCGAGUUCUUCAGCGAUCCCUUGAAAGGGUCAUUCCCGCAAAGCUAGACUCCUCGGAACAUCUGCUGACCUUCCAGAAGCUCUCGGACGCACCCGUCCUCCAUGGAAUCUCGGUGAAGCAGAAGGGAGACCGGCAGGUUGGAUGGAUGGCAGUGAUUCCUCCGGGACGGUUUCACCCAGGUCUCCACGUGUGCGCCGUCACCCUAAACCUGGACCUGUUGGCCAUGCUGGUCUUCGGGGUACAGGAUUGGAGGAUGCUGUGGAGCUCUGACCCUCGUUUCCUUGACCAGUUUGGCCAGACAGAGUUGAGACCCUUGCAGAGUUUCUGUCUUCAUCCUCCCUUAUACCAGCACGAUGUCAGCUUCUGGGUGGAUCCCCUGAGCUUCGAUGAGCUGGGGUUCCACAGCUUGGUCCGGCAGGCGACCGCAGGGGCAGUGAUUGAUGUGCGUCUGGUGGACAGUUUCCAGUACCCGCACAUGCCCCAAGCUAGCCGCUGCUACAGACUCAGCUACCAGGCCUGUGACAGAGCUCUGUCUUCUAGGAAAGCACAGGAGCUGCAGCAGAGACUCAGAGAGCAGAUUCAGCAGCGCUUGCAAGUGACUCUCAGAUAGCUGCCAGUGCCAGCCCACCCCAAUCCCUUUCUUAACAAGCUAACAGAGUCAGUGCAGAAAUCUCAAGAGGCAAGCUUGUGUGACGUGAGACUGACAUUGUGAAUGCAUUUUGCACAGCCGUGUGCUGUAAAACUUGACCUGUGUUUUCAAUGUAUUUUGCACAGUUGUGUUUUGAAGCGCAAAAUGUUGGCUGUAUUUGCAGUGCAUGUAAAAUCCAGUAUUGUUUUUAUUUUGAUGUGAUUUUUAAUAUUGUUCUUAAUAAAUGGAUGCCAUUG